UACACGGUCGGAAGGAGGGGGGGACCCUAUUUUGCUAUUAAUCGGAUCGUUGAGAUUGUGUGACCACAGACUGCACCUGAUAAGCGGUCGGUUGAGUUCUGCCGGGAACCGACUGCGUGUAUUUCAAAGUUGGAUUUAUUCGAGCACAGUGAGGUGCUGGUGAGACUGGAGAGACUGGUGAGACUGGGACGACAUGCAGCGCUCGGCUUGAGAGAUCAACGCUGGAGUUUUUCGGCACUACUCCUAACUUAUUUGCUCCGUCUCUAACUUCGCAGUGACCAUUUAAUAACACCACAAGAAGUCACCGCGUAGCCUUUCUGCUACGCUUUAAACACUUGUUUUUUUUGAAGGCGAUCCCGGACGCACUGUGUCCUUUAACAUUUUAGCUGUUGCAUGUUUUCCAACAUGUCACCAGAAUCGGUUAUCCUACCGAUAAAGUAGUUUAAUGUCUGUAUGAACACCCUGUUUAAACUUACAUGUAAGUUCAGGGCGACAUACACAGUUCGCUGUCGUCUAGUUCUGCUGGAGCACCUUUGAUUCCUGAGCCCGCGUCGGACCCCGGAGGAGAAAGUUGGACUGGGGGGGGACUGUCCUAAAUGACUGUUACUGAGAUGGAAAACGUUUUACUGCACCACAGCUGCUAUUGCUAGCCUCUCUCCUACGACAACAACAAAAAAAAAGACACUUAAUGUGCUCUCAGGGGCGUUCAGUCUCUCCCAAGCCACGUUAAUAUCCCGGUUCGUGGGUGAGCUCAGCGGCCGCGCUAUUAAAACUGGAUACAAAAUGGCGGCGUCCCUGGGACGAUUUGGAUAUGUUUCUCCUUGUGUUUUUUAUUUAAUACUGUCGGUCGAACUGUUCACCGGCUUUGGAUUGGGUUCAGACUUGCCGUGUGCCCAGAACUGUACCUGCGACGGGGAUUCAGUGGACUGUAGCGACCUGGAGCUGACGGCGACGCCUCUGGACCUUCCAGUCCGGACCGUCUCCUUAAACCUUGGCCACAACAAGCUGACCGCCAUCAAUGUUGAAGCUUUUGACACCCUUCCCAACUUGAGAGAGCUGCGGCUGGACCACAAUGAGCUGACCUCCAUACCAGAUUUAGGACAGGCUGCUUCCAAGAUUGUAUCCCUCUACCUACACCAUAAUAAGAUUCGCAAUAUAGACGGCAGGCGGACCAGAGAGCUGGCUUCUGUGGAAACCCUGGACCUGAGCAAUAAUGACAUCACUGAGCUCCGAGGGCACUGCUUUCCUGCAGGCCUCCAAAUCAGAGACCUGUACCUGAGCAACAACAAGAUCAGCGUGUUGGAGCUUGGCGCUCUGGACCAUCUGGGCUCGACUAUACAGGUCCUGAGACUGAGCCGAAACCGCAUCAGCCAGAUCCCCGUGAGAGCCUUCCAGCUCCCAAGGCUCACCCAGCUUGAGCUGAACAGGAACCGUAUUCGUCAGGUGGAGGGUCUGACCUUCCAGGGUCUGUCCAGCCUGGAGGUGCUAAAGCUGCAAAGAAACGGCAUCAGCAAACUGACGGACGGGGCCUUCUGGGACCUGGCCAAGAUGAAAGUCCUUCACCUGGACUACAACAGCCUGUCAGAGGUGAACAGUGGCUCCCUGUACGGCCUGUCCUCCCUGCAGCAGCUAUUCCUCAGUAACAACUCUAUAGCCCGCAUCAACCCGGACGGAUGGAAGUUCUGCCAGAAGCUGAGGGAACUGAAUCUGUCGUACAACAACUUGACUCGUCUGGAUGAAGGCAGUCUGGCCGUGCUGGGGGAUCUCCACUCUCUCCGUCUGGGCCACAACUCCAUCAGCCACAUCACCGAGGGAGCCUUCAGAGGCCUCAAGGCCGUACGCAUCCUGGAGCUGGACCAUAAUGACAUCUCAGGCACAAUAGAGGACACCAACGGGGCCUUCUCUGGAUUGGACAGCCUCAACAAGCUGACUCUGUUUGGAAACAAGAUCAAGUCGGUGGCCAAGAAAGCCUUCUCUGGCCUCGAAACCCUGGAACACCUGAACUUGGGAGAUAAUGCCAUCCGUUCCAUCCAGACUGAUGCCUUCAGUAAAAUGAAGAACCUCAAAACCCUUGUCAUUCAGAGCGACAGCUUCCUGUGUGACUGUCAGCUCCACUGGCUGCCCGACUGGUUGGUGACACGCGGUCUGCAGGCCGAUGUCAAUGCCACCUGUGCCCACCCGGAGAGCCUUAAGGGCACCAGCAUCUUCCAGGCUCCGGCCACCAGCUUUGUCUGUGACGACCUGCCGAAGCCCCAAAUCACCGUGCAGCCGGAAACGUCUGUGACGGUGCUUGGCAGCGACGUGCAUCUCACCUGCACGGCCGCGAGCAGCAGCAGCUCCCCCAUGACCUUUGCGUGGCGUAAGGACCAGGAGCUGCUUCGCCAGGCAGAGACGGAGAACUUCGCCCACGUGCGCGCCCACCACCAAGACGCGGUAUCUGAUUCGCCCGCCGCAGUCGGAGGCGUGAUGGAGUACACCACUAUCCUGCACCUGCGGCAUGUCACUUUUGCCCACGAGGGCCGAUACCAGUGCAUCAUCACCAACCACUUCGGCUCCACCUACUCCACAAAGGCCCGCCUCAUCGUCAAUGUUCUGCCCUCCUUCGUGAAGACUCCCAGGGACAGCACCAUCAGGACGGGCCACACGGCGAGGCUGGAGUGCGCCGCCGAGGGCCACCCGGCCCCGCAGAUCGCCUGGCAGAAGGACGGCGGCACGGAUUUCCCCGCUGCCCGGGAGCGUCGGAUGCACGUCAUGCCCGACGAUGACGUGUUCUUCAUCAUGGACGUCAAGCCCGAGGACAUGGGCGUGUACAGCUGCACUGCCAAGAACACGGCGGGCACCGUGUCUGCCAACGCCACCCUCACCGUGCUGGAAACACCACACCUGGCCCAGGACCUGGAGGACCGCAGCGUGGUGGUCGGCGACACGGUGGCCCUGCAGUGCAAGGCCCUGGGCAGUCCUCCGCCCCGCAUCACCUGGCUGCGCAACGACCAGCCGCUGCGCCCGUCCGACAGACACCACUUCACCCCGGGCAACCAGCUGCUCGUCAUCGGCUCCGCCUCUCUGGAGGACGCCGGACGCUACACCUGCGUCAUGUCCAACACCCUGGGCACGGAGCGCGCUCACAGCCAGCUGGUGGUGAACCGGCGCCGCGGCCCCUGCCCAACGGCGGCGGCGGGGCCGAGCACGGUCACUAUAGGGAUCAUAGUCAUCGCCGUGGUGACGAGUAUCGUGGCCACGUCGCUGGUGUGGGUGUGCAUCAUCUACCAGACCAGGAAGAAGAGCGAGGAGUGCAGCGUCACCAACACAGACGAGACGAUAGUUCCUCCAGACGUACCCAGCUACCUCUCCUCCCAGGGCACGCUGUCCGAGCGCCAGGAUGUGUGUAUCCGAGUGGAGGCCGGCGGUGGACCUCAGCCCAACGGACACAUCGUGGACCCCACAGGUUUCGACGGCGCAGUAGUGUGCACGGAUUGCAUGGAGAACGGCAGCAGCUACUCCAAAGACUCUGACUACCUUGCACACGGGUUCGGCCAUAAUGGAGGCCGGGAGUACCAACAGUACUCUGUUCCUCCACCCUACUCCCACUGUUAUCCAGGGGAGCUGCAUGAAGCAGGGUCGCACUCAGCCCCGCUCUGCAACGGGACACCCAACGGGAUCCGCAGGGACAUUCAAGGAUCCACGUUUCCAAAAAAACACGAUACGUUACAGCUGAACCAACAUGAUAAAAAAGCGAGCAGAGCGGGACAAACGCCGUCGUGCUCCACAUCGCAAGAGGACUCCUUCCACAAGCCGGUGAAACUGACCGACGUGCCGAGCCACGGCGGUCUGGACAGUGACUGUGAGUCUGAGCUCAGGCAGACUCUUCUGUCCAACGGACACACCCUCAGAGCCUCUCAAAAUGAGAGCGCCCCCCUAAGGAGAACCAGCGACUAGCAGGCGCUCCAUCCGGCCCAAAAAGCUGAGUCGCAGUAGCUGAGUGGACUUUUAUAUAUAUUUUUUGCACUGGGAAAUAAACUGCUACCUCAUAUCGAGGCGAUUGAUCCUGAGCCUCCUGGAUCUGGACUGAAAGGGAGCACCAGGAGAGUGGAAAAAGCAAAGGGGCAUCCGGAGUUUGAAGGUGGAGCUUGUGUGGGUGGCGUCCCAUCUGAGCGUAUCAGCUGUACAUAGUUUAAAAACCUUCCUCUGGGAGGUGACCAAUACAAAUUCUAGCUCCAAAAAAAUGUGACUUGCAUUUGAAGCAUGUAAAUGUAGGGAAUCUUGUACAGUAUAUGUAUGUGCAGGGGGAAAAAAGAGAAAUAUGCCUUUUGGACAUUUGACUGUACAUAAGAGUUUUCUUAUAUCAUAUAUUAUAUAACUUUUACAAAAGAGUAUUUGAAUUUAUGUGCAUGACAAAGAAAAGGAGUGAUGGUAUUUUUAUUUUUCUUCAAAAAAAACAACAAAAAAAACAACACAAACAGCCUUUUUCAGCUUUUACCAACAUUCAGCUGCGGUGCCUUAAUGCAUGAUCAAAGAAAACCCAAACUUGUAAUAGCAUAUAUCAAGAGACGUUUUUUUGUGAGAGAUACACCGGUACACUCUGUAUAGCAAACAAAACCAACACUUGAUUGCACUUGAAUUAUUUUUUUUGUGGGACAAACGCUGCCAAACAUGGCCUUACGGAAACACAGUUCACAUUCAUUGUUAUUAUAUGAAGGAAGAGCUUUGAUGUAAAUUAUUUUUGGUACUUCAGAUGGUUCAAGCUGGGAAGUUUUCUGAGCAGUCGAGUUAAAGCACUUUUUGUAUUCGCGUCAUAAACAAGUAGAUUGUUAUCUGUGAGGAGACAUUCUUAUUUUGACACGGUAAAGUCGACAGUACAUACUGUACCAUUAAGGCUCUUCCACCUGUUUCACAAUACUACUAGUAGCUGAGAAGCUGCUCUGAGGAAGUUGGGAGAAAAUAUUUGACUCUGAUUAGUUUCCAUAUUUGUCUAAGAAAGUGACUUUGGCACAAGUUUGCAACAAAAUGCAGUCAAACUUAAUUUGAGCUGUAAAAGUCAGAUAUGAUCUCUCACUUUGGACACCUGCUAAGUGUUCUUGGUCACAUUCAUUAUACAACCUACAGCUAUGUGCAAUCGAGCACUGGCAGAACUAAAAUGCUUAAUUAUGCCAGUGUUAUGCUCAGAUUUAAGAAAGUUUGGGAGAAACCAGGGAGAACGAUGUUUUAUUGUGUUACUGCUGUAAUGUGCCUCAACAUCCACUGUUGUACAUUCACAGGUAAAUGGCCAGUUGCAUCACCAUGGUGAUACAGUAACUUUCUCAUCAUCACUACAGUUGAAUAACGUUGGAGGUAGCUAAAGGUUCAUGCUGUGAACAGUUGGGAAGCUUGUGAAAUGUUCUCUAACCAAACUUGGGAGGAUGAACGCAGUCAGCGGGCCAGAACUCAGUGAGAGUAUUCCCGUUGCCUAAUGUAUGCAUGCGUUUCUCCAGCGUGCCCUUGUCUGAACUGUGCUCCGUUACCAGUGGCCUUAUCAAGGUAAACUGGAGGACACGCUCCUCUGGUUACACCUGAUAGCACCUAUCAGAGAUGGUUUUACCAGCAAGACCAAUCAGAGAUCACUGCCGAGGAAAACCAAUCCCAGUGUAGCAGGUGAAAGGGACAAGAGGGAGAGAGGUGCAGUUCAACGUUCUGAGUAAUUUAUUGAAAACUGUCUGAAAAGCGUUGUACCAAUGUCAAAGCUGAAAACCGUGAAGUGUCUAACAUGGCAUUGAAGUGUCUAAUAAAAUCACAUUUUGCUAUUAUUGCAAGCGUUUUGGCUGUU